UCGAACCAUGCUAGACUACUUGUACUCCUAUAUGUUCGAAUAACUACGUGGUUGUGAUUUCAUUCGACAUUUUUUUUCCCCACCAAUUAACCAAUCAUUGUAAUCACUACUCUGCAGGGGUUUUCGUUACGAGUUCACACACAAAACCAAACAAACAAACAAACAAACAAACCUCAAGUGCAGUUCUUCAGUGUCCUUAACUAUUCUAGUGCUAAAAAUCAUCGAUAGAAUUUUUUUUAGGCUGUACAAAAAUUACACGAUUGCACAGUGUUCCGAAAUUCACCAUAGCUGCUGGUUAACUCGGUCAGGUCGUUGAAUACUUUCGAGUGUCCGUUGGAGAGAAAAAUUUAAUUGUCGGUAGAAUCUUCGGCCGUCUUCGCCACGAAAUGACAUCAAUUCUUGCGCGGCUAUGAUGAUCUGUAAAUAUCGGUAGAACGUACCGAUAGAAAUUAGAGAUAGUUUCCGGUACCGACGGAUUUCGAUAAAGUGGGUGAACAAUUACGCCGCGCGCAGUGAAGUGAAUGAAUCUCAUGGAAAAACGAUGAAUAAGAUUUGAGCUGAGAUCCGAAGGAAAUCGGUGGAGAAGGGUGACCGGUUAGUUUUCCGUUCGUUUUCCUUUUUUUCUCUAUCCGUAGGAAGUCGAAAGACUGAAAAAAAAACAAAAAAAAUGUCGGAACACGGUGACUGCAGCGACGUGGAUCAAACCGAAGAGAUAAACGUGGACGAUUCGGACUCGAGGAGCUGCAGUCCCCACAAUUACAUGAACUCGUCGCACACCGUUCACGAGGAGAGAUCCGAAUGUUCCAAUUCCCCACCGCCGAGUCACACCACAACCCGAACCCAAAAUGAACCGCCGAGAAGUCAUCCGUUCAGCAUAAGCCGGCUUUUGGGCGAGACCCGCGCGGGUCAAACCGCGAAGAGUCCGUCGUCGGAAGACCUUGAAAACGAGAAGGACCGCAAAGUGUCGUGGGGUUGGGACGACGCUCACAGAAACAUUUCGUCCAUCAUGGAGGACGAGAGGCGAUCCUGGGGGCCCGAAACCGAAGAGAAACUAUCCGACAAGGACGACGACGACACCGGAAGUACACCGGAGACGCAAAACGGAAAUCCCACCACACUUCAUCAGGAUCUGUUGGCGCCGUUCAGAUUAUUCCCCGGCGGAUCCGGUCUGAUUUACACGGGGGGUGGCGUCAUCAGAGUCCCGGCGCACCGACCGCCCGGUACCAGCGGUGGACCGACGACCUCCUUACCUUCCCAGGCUCUGAUACCACCGUGGAGUUUGCAGGCCAUACAGCACAGUCAACAACAAGCCGCCGCCGCGGGACUUCACCGGGCUAGUUUAUUGGCGAAUCUCGCCGUUCACCCCCUUCACGCCCAUCCACAUCUCAAGGACAGAUUAGCAGUGGCCGGUGCCUUCCCCCGGAGGAUCGGACACCCUUACCAGAAUAGAACACCGCCGAAACGGAAGAAACCAAGAACGAGUUUUACUAGAUUACAAAUAGCUGAAUUAGAAAAACGGUUUCACAAGCAAAAAUAUUUGGCAUCGGCUGAGAGGGCGGCCUUAGCUAAAUCUCUCAAGAUGACGGACGCGCAAGUCAAAACGUGGUUUCAAAACAGAAGGACAAAAUGGCGAAGACAAACUGCCGAAGAGCGAGAGGCUGAGAGACAAGCAGCGAAUCGUUUGAUGCUUUCGCUGCAGGCGGAAGCUCUGGGAAAAGUUGGAUAUCCGUCGUCCGUACCGCAACAUUCUGCAGGUCCAGCGCCAAAUUCAGAUGUCCAGCAGUCCUCGCAGCCGAGUAUCGGUCACCCUAUGCCGCAGUGGGCAUCGCCAUACGGCCCACCGCAGCCCUUAACCGAACCAAUUUGUUAAAUUGAAUGAACAGGAAUAUAAUCGAAGUGAACGAUGAAAACAAAAAUUAAUUAGAUUAAUCAAUUAAUCAAUUGGAUACGGAAGUUGAUGAGGUGAUAUGUGCAAUACUCACAUAUUGUAUGUGUAUAAAUUAUAUGAUAAACGUACGAGGAGGAAUAACGAAAAACGUAUAAACAUUAUGAAAAUCGGCUGCGCACGAGCUGACGUGUAAAUAUAAAACGGUAAACGAAAAAUUUGUGUUCUUAUGUACAAUUAGGUUGAUUAUCACACAAAAAUUUUGCGUAAAUAUAUAAAUAUAUACAUAUAUAAAUAUAUUCGCGAGACGCACGAGGAUUUUCAUGUACAUGUAUAACUCAUGAAAGUUAUAAAAUCGUACACCGUUUUCUUUUCUUUUUUAAUUUAUUCAAAUCAAGAACGGAACAUUUUUUUAUAUAAAUAAAAUCUACGAAUAAUUAUGCAGUCGAAAUCGCCGCGGAUGACAUUAAAUACAAUUAUAACGUAUAGUAAUUAUGGAACGUGUAAAUAUUUAAUUGCUUCACUUCGAUUUAUAUACCUACUUUAUAUGUACCGAAUAAUAAUUAAUCGAUCAACUAAUUGAUUGAUUGAUUGAUCGAUCGAUCGAUUACGAUCGAUUACCUUGCAUAUCUUGUAAAUAUUUAUCAAAGAUUCACAAUAUUAUUGUUAUUAUUAAUAUUAUUAUUAAUAUUAUAAAUAUAUGAUGAUUUAGAAUCUAAGAAUAAUCGUACCUACGUAAUUAUAUUAUUAUAAAUAAAAAUACCAAGCUAUGUGAUGUUAUGUACCUAUAAGUGUAAUGUUGUACAUAAAAAGAAAAAGAACAAUUGAAAGGUACAAAUAAUUUCACGUUAUUGCGUUAUCGAGUCAUUGAGAGCGAAGAGAAAAAAAAUUAAUCAAUCUAAAAACAGAACACCAUACACUCUGAAAAAAAGACAGAAACGAACGGAGAAUAUUCUCUGCUAAUUUUUCGAAAUAACCGCACAUCGGAAUUCAAAAUUUGAAAAUUUCAUUCACAGUUUCCGUGGCGACACUUAUUUUUGAUUUGACCACCGGAUCAGAGAGACUGCGCAAAAUUAUCGUAGAAAAAUCGAGACGACGUCUGGACCACAUUUUAUUUCAAGGUCGAGUGACUCAUGACGUACAGAUAAUGUCCGAGAAUCCUUAGCUUCCUUUUUGUUUUCCGAGAAAGCGUCGAAGAAAAGAGGUGUUCGAGACGACGGUAGAUAU